UCCCAAUUUGAAAAAUCCGCAAACAUACGAAAUACAAUUUAAUGAGAAAUCUUAAACGAAAUCUUUAACAAGCUAUUUUUAGUAAACUAAAUAUUGAUAUAUAUAUAUAUAUUUUUUUUCAAUUUGCGUAUAUAUAUGUAUAUAUAUAUAUAUAUAUAUGAAUAUUUUCAAUAAAAAAUAAAUGACGAUUAUUAAACAUAAGAUGAUUGUGGCAGUUAAGAUAUAAUUAAAUUAGCCAAUAAAGUAUAUCAUUAGCUGAUAAAUUACAUAUAUAGUUUAAAUAAGGUUCACAAAAGAAGGUACAACGGAAUGCGGAUCAGUCUUCUGUCUGGUUCGAAAGAACCGUUGUUUCAGUAUUUAUUUUUCUGAUCGAAAAAAUGGUAGAUGAAGCAAGUGACAGUGAAGACUCUAAAAAGGUCGCUAUUAUUCGUGAAGUCUAUGACGGAGAAAAUGCUCAUGAAAGUUUUGAAUAUGAGCUUGAAAGAGCGUUGGAGUCUGAAUGUCAGUUGAUCGUUAUAGAACCAUCUAAGCUAGGAGAUGAAACAUCUCGAUGGAUUUCUGUUGGUAAUUGCCUUCAUAAAACAGCAGCAUUAUCAGGUGUAGCAGCAGUAGUUACAGGUCUUUUAUGGGGUGAUCGACCAUAUAUAUGUGGUCCAUUUGGAGUGACAGCUGCCAUAUCUUGUAGCUUAUAUACUGUUUCUUGGCAGUUUGAUCCAUGUUGUCAAUACCAAGUGGAAACAGAUACCAGUAAAUUACCUCAUGUUGAAGUACUUGCUGUUUUAGGACCUUCAUCGCCAACCUUCCUAGUUAGGAAAGAUGACAGUAGACGAAGGCUCUUACAUACAACAAUAACUACCUUGGCGCUUAGUAUCAGUGUUUGGAGGGUGUAUCAAGCCUUAAAAUAAAAAAAAAAUUAAAAAAAAAUUAUAAGAUUUAAAGGCUUAAAGGUAGGAAACAGUGAAGAAUUACAUGUGAUCAUAGACAGAUGUAAACUAAAUAUAUAGGAAUUAUGGAAAAUACAGUUAUUUUCUGUUAUAUUUAUGAUAACUCUUCACAAGGAUUGUACAAAAUAUUUACAAACAUCGAAUAGCUCCUAUUUUUAACAUUAUAACAAAGUUGCAUAUCACUUAAAAUAUAAAUCUUUGUUUUUUUAUUUUUAUGUGAUACUCACGUGUGAUUACACUUUUUUAGGAUAUCGAGUUAAAAUAAAUGCUGUAUAUGUAUGUAAUUAAUGUCAUCAUCAACUUAACUGGUGGUGAAGAUUAAAAUAAAAAAUAUAUAUUUUUUAACUGUACAGAAUGAUCCUGUAGAAAACAAUACAAUGUGAGUGAUCAAAGUAACAUUAUUAUCAAAAUUCUUCCGUGUAUUUGUAAUUUAUAAUUUUAUCAUUGAUAGUGAAAAUACAUAAAUAUGAAGUUCUGCA